AUGGAAGUAUGGCGCAUCACAAUUUUCAUGAUCCUCAUCAGUUCUACAAAACUCUACAAACUAUCAGAAGACGAGAGAGAAACCUUAGUUACCUCUAAACCCUUAAAUUUUGGAAACACUUUACAAUCUUCUGAAUAUUCGACAGAAUCAACUUUAUCAAAAUCCAAUCUCGAAACGAUUUCAAAUUUUCGACCAUCCAAAGAGCUGCUAUUGUACCCAGCAAAAGAUUUUGAAAAAUAUCAGUUUGACACCGAACAUUUAAAGGGUUUUAGUUCAACUAGUGAUAUGUUAGUUCCUGAAAUAUACGCACCUCGUAAUAUGUAUAAACAUUUGUUAAUGUUAAGCACACAACCAGAUAAUUAUGAUUACGAACAGAACCAAGACGAAUCUGAAGAAAACGAAGAAACUAUUCAUGAUAUUAAGGAGGAAUUUGUGUAUGGUAAACGUAAACCUAGUGGUAACCUUUAUGGAAAAUUUCCGUUGAUUGAAUUAAAUAGUUAUUAUCCAUACAAAGAAAAAUACCAAAAGCAACAAUAUAAAGAUUUUGGCGAUCUAAAAACACAUAAAUCUAAAAAGAAGCGUCAGCAACACAAACAAUAUCAAGAAAAUUUGGAUAAAUUUUAUCUUGAAGAUCACUUUUACGCACAUGUUCCAAAAUCUAAUAUAGCUGCUGUUUCUCAAGAUAAACCAGAAUAUAACUUGGAGGAAAAUGAUUGGCAGCAGCAAAAAUAUUAUCAAAAGCAGAAGGUUCAUAGAUCUAAUAAUAAAUAUCUUAAAGAGCAUAAAUAUAGACAUAAAGGUUUGGACAACCAACACGGUUUUAAUGAUGAAAAAAAGAGGUCCCGGAGGCAAAAGUAUAGAGAUCACUAUCAUAGUGGUAAUACUUGCAAUAUUAGAAAUUAAAAAGCGUGA